AUCUCAACAAGUCCAACAGCAUCUGCAACAUCUACAAUGGUCCUGCCUUUUGCUUUACUGAUGGCCCUGGUGGUGCUCAGCUGCAAGUCAAGCUGCUCUCUGGGCUGUGAUCUGCCUCAGACCCACAGCCUGGAUAACAGGAGGACCAUGAUGCUCCUGGCGCAAAUGAGGAGAAUCUCUCUUUUCUCCUGUCUGAAGGACAGACACGACUUCAGAUUUCCCCAGGAGGAGUUUGAUGGCAACCAGUUCCAGAAGGCUCAAGCUAUCUCUGUCCUCCAUGAGGUGAUCCAGCAGACCUACAACCUCUUCAGCACAAAGGACUCAUCUGCUGCUUGGGAUGAAAGGCUUCUAGACAAACUCUACACUGAACUUUACCAGCAGCUGAAUGACCUGGAAGCCUGUGUGAUGCAGGAGGCGUGGGUGGGAGAGACUCCCCUGAUGAAUGAGGACUCCAUCCUGGCUGUGAGAAAAUACUUCCAAAGAAUCACUCUCUACCUGACAGAGAAGAAGUAUAGCCCUUGUGCAUGGGAGGUUGUCAGAGCAGAAAUCAUGAGAUCCUUCUCUUCAUCAAGAAACUUGCAAGAAAAAUUAAGGAGGAAAGAAUAAGACCUGAUCCAAAACAGAAAUGACUCCCAUUGAUGACUACACCAGCUCACACUUUCAAGAUCUGCCAUUUUAAAGA